AAUAGCGGGAAUACUCCAAUCAUCAUCGCCUCGAUUAAAGGACACCAAGAGGUGGUGGAUCUAUUGAUUAAAGCGGGGGCGAAUAUAGAAUGUAAAGGCAAUGGCGGGAAUACUCCAAUCAUCUUUGCCUCGGCUAAUGGACACCAAGAGGUGGUGGAUCUAUUGAUUAAAGCGGGGGCGAAUAUAGAAUGUAAAGGCAAUGGCGGGAAUACUCCAAUCAUCAUCGCCUCGAUUGAUGGAUACAGAGAGGUGGUGGAUCUAUUGAUUAAAGCGGGGGCGAAUAUAGAAUGUAAAGACAAGGACGGGAAUACUCCAAUCAUCAUCGCCUCGAUUAAUGGACACCAAGAGGUGGUGGAUCUAUUGAUUAAAGCGGGGGCGAAUAUAGAAUGUAAAAGCAUUAGUGGGAAUACUCCAAUCAUCAUCGCCUCGAUUAAUGGACACCAAGAGGUGGUGGAUCUAUUGAUUAAAGUGGGGGCGGAUAUAGAAUGUAAAGACAAGGACGGGGAUACUCCAAUCAUCGUCGCCUCGACUGAAGGACAUAAGGAUAUGGUGGAUCUAUUAGUUAAAGCGGGUGCAUUUAUUGAAAUCAGUAACUAUGAAAACGACACUCCGAUAGUUUGCGCAGCUAAAUGGGGAAAUGUUGAAAUUGUAGACGUUUUGUUGAAAGAAGGUGCUUGUUCCAGAAGUUCUAGUCAUGGAUUGAUAUUAAAUAUCGGUGCAACGUUUGGUCGACGACGGGUCGUUGAAUAUAUUUUGAGACGCGGAAUGUCAUUAGAAAGUCGUGACUUGAAAGGAAACACCCCACUUCAAAAUGCAAUCAUAAAGGGUCAUCUCUCAGUGGUCCAACUCCUAAUAAGGAGUGGAGCAGAUACAUCCACAUCAAACUUUUCGUCGGAGAGUAUUAUAUAUUCUGCUGCUUCGUGUGGCCAUGCUGAUAUGGUGAAAUACUUGGGAAGCAGAGGUGCACAGAAGUUAUUGGAUUUGCCCAAUGCCAGUGGGUGGUCGCCUAUUGCCAAGGCAGUUUCAGGUGGUCAUUUUCGGACAGUUAGACAACUUCAUCAGCUUGGAGCUGACAUGAACUGCAGUGUAAAUGGAAAAGGACUGCUUCAUCUAGCAGCUGAGUCCGGUUGCCUAGAUAUCUAUCAAUAUCUUAUUAUCGCUGGGCUUGACUGCAAACGACCUAACAUCCAUGGAUUGAAGGCUUAUGAAUGCUUCCCCUUUCAAUCAAAACUUAAUUAUCAAGCAAGCAACCGAUUAGGACAUUCCUCCGAACAAAGUCUCUCUUACGUCAUGUCGCGAUUAAAUGAGCAAUAUGCUACACCCGCGUAUAGAUACAAACUUUCAGAACUAUCUGGUGUACUUGGACUAGGCAGCGUGAAUAUUAUCGAGGGUGGUGUUUCAGAAACUAUCAUGGGGUUUGUAAGGGAGAAGGAGGUUGUUAAGGGUUCAGAGUUAUGCGGAAGUUCGGCUGAGGGCACGAAGGUUCAGCUGCCUGAUGAAAUGGACUUCCUUAGAUUGGUAUCUGCAAAUCAUCUCUCUCGAAACGAAAUGGUUGAUACCUUACAUGGAUAUAAGUAUAUACAAACUAGUACAAUUAAGAACAGGUUUUUAUCAAGUAAAGCACUCCAUGAGAGUGCAAGCCAAAACCUAGAAUCUAGCGCAAAAGCCCAAGAGUCUAAAAAAAGCGGAGAAAUCCUUUUGCAGGCAGUUGCUGGAGGAGGCGGUGCCAGUGUUCCUGUGACUAUCAGAUGGCCCGAUGAUAAACCUUUAAAACGCAUUGUCUCAGAUCAUAUAGUAACAACCUUACCAGUAGAUGAUUGGCCUGAUGAUUGGCAAGAUGAUUGGUCCAAUUAUGCACUACAGAAAGGAGAAUCUGAAAGUGAGGUAACGGCGGACGUUUGUGUUUAUCAACGGACCGGAUGCAUCUUAUCUCAAGUUGAUGCUAGAAGAGGAUUGGCCAGUGUUCCUGUGACUAUCAAAAGGCUUGAAAAUAUAUCAUCCAGUCUCCUUAUCUCUGUGGAUAUAGUACCGAUAUUUCAUGUUGAUGAUUGGCCAGACGAUGCUAUCAAGAAGACCUGGCGAAUGGACGAGGACACCUUGAGGAAGAGUGGGUAUAGGCUGGUCCUGAAACCGCCACACAAGGACAGUGAGUACGGACGGUUGCUACCCGAGGAAGACAGAGAAAGAAUGUUGCGGAUCUCCUUCUCUCAUCUAGAACCUGUCACAAUCGCACCUUUGGAUCCAAGAAUCAAAGACGCAUACAUCACAGCAAAGUGUCUGAGGUCACCUAUGGCAUGUGGCGUUGUGAUUAAAGACACGAACGGCGUCAUACAUUUCGUCAGUCACUUCCUUACAAGCUACCUCCUGAAGACAGUCUUCCUUCAUAACAUAGACGACUUCCUUGAGACAAACAGGAGCCUGCCAGAGAUGGUCUACAUCAUCUACAGCAAACUUGAGGAGUAUCUCGGCAAGGGCAACCUACCGUUCUACUGGCAGCCCAGCGUCAAUCUGCUGGAAGGCUUGAAACUCAACAUAGCCAAGUCUCAUCAAGUCGCCAAGCUGAUGAAGGCAAUCGUUGGUAGGAUGUCCCGCCUGGAGCGUGUUGAUGAGAACCAUGGUGACGACGCGAGGGAAGAUGGGCCAGGCAUUGAAGCCGCUGAUGACGAGCCUGACAUAGGUUGUUACAUCGUCAAAUUAGAAUAGCGAGCAAGUAAUCUUCACCCCGAUGAACACUUUGUAUGCGAGACGGAUGCUCCGGUGUAACCACAUCUAUGGUUAUUCCCUGGCCUCACCCGGCCCCGCCAGUUCAAACCACGAGAGUGCAUGUGUGCGAGUUGGGCCGACGCGACAGGCGCAGCGGUCGGAGAGAGUCUCUGGCAGGGUAUCUCGGACUUUGGUUCGAAAUCGAAAGCCUCAAGUGCGUCAGGACCUUCAAAGCCAAGUGGUAGGGAAUUUGUUCUUCAAAUGACACCGGGCUCAAAAUAGCUGCUAUGUUGACUUCGAGAGAGAGAAUGGUGAGGGAUCGUGUGGUGUACAAAGGAAAACAAGCACAACCGUAACAUUUUAGAAAAACUUCUGAAAUUAUUCAGACCCCCUCCACCUCUUACACCUCCCGUUAUUCAGAGAUGAAAUUGCAAAACUGUAGACUUUCCGAGGUUGGGGACACAUCACGGAGAUGAUAUACCAAAUGUUCACCACUUCUGAAAAAAAGUAUCAGAACUUUCAGAUUUUGGUAAAAAAUGCAACCCUGUCUUAUUUUAGAUGAUUUCUGAAGUUUUACAAUCUAUUUUCUACUUUUAACUAUGAAAUUGAUACAAAGGCGACACAUUGGCAUUGUUCAUCCCGAUUGAGUUGAAUGUUGGAUGGCAUCCAACGACAAUGCGCAUAAUAUCUACAGGGGGCUUGGCUUACAUAUCCAGACACUCUCAGAUCGGUAUUAUGACAUAGGAAGUUGGAUGUUGCACUCAAUUCCUUUCAUAGUACUUAUGAGUUACUUACACCCUUUGAUAUGCUGACUGCAUGGGUGAACAAAGGUAUGGACUGGUAUAUCUUGUAUUGACAUGUUAACUUGUAUUGAUAUUGUAAUUGCAUGAGGUAGGGUAGCUACCUUAUAACCUUAAUAUCCUUAUGUAUCGAAUUGUAUAAAUUGUAUUGUCAUGUAUUUACAUGUAUAAACUUGUAUCGACUUAUAUUGUAUUAUGUUCGGUGUAACUUUUUAUAAUUAUAUGUGUCACAUUAUUAUAUGGUAGAAGUCAGAAGGCCUAGAGAUUGCAAGCUGUUUGAAGCCAGUCUAUUACUAUCAUAACGUUGUAUUGCAAGAGAGUCACAUUCAUUAUUUCCUAUAUUUUGUGAGUAACAUUUAAGAGUGUGAAGCCUGGUAGGCCCUGUCACAAGUUCUAAAUGAUCAAGUGAUUACGGUUUUAUAUACGCUUGUAAUGACUCUCAUUACAGAAUGACUGCAAACUUGUGGAUGGAUAUAGAUUGAAUACUCGUUAAGGUGAAACUAUAGUGCCUCCAUGUUGCCAGUCAACAAGAAUUCAUCCAAAAUAUCCACAAACUGGUAAAAGUGUUACUCGGAGAACAUAAUAGUUUGCGUUGCGUCCGAACAACAUGUUAUAUGACAAAGACAAGCAAGUGCUUUUACUUCAAUUUUGUGCAGAAAGCUUUGUGUACAUGUACAGUACAUAUAGCGUUUUAGAUAAAAUCACCCGCCAGUCUCUUUCAUAUGAGCCAUUAUCUUGUCCUAUUUGUUGGUGUUUGAAUCCGGUGUUCCUAAUACAUUAACAUAAUAAAGGAAUCCGGUGUUCCUAAUACAUUAACAUAAUAAAGAGUGACUAUAUAGUUUCACCUUAAGGGUUGACAAUAGGUACCGCCAUUUUGUCGAGUCCUCCAAAUCCUAAAGCCUUUAGAGCUCUUUCAAAACAUAGUGAAAGCUCAUUUCAAGGGCUGGAGUCUGUUUAUUGCUUUCCAGAGAACAGCCUCCAGGGUUUUAAAUGAGCAUUCACUACAUUUUGAAGGUGUUCUAAUCGCUUUUCCAACAAUUGUUUGGGUGUCUUUUUAGACUUCAAACUAUUUUGAGUUUCUCUCUAACGUUGUUUAAGCCAACUCGCUGGUCUUAAUGACUGAUCAUAAAAUUCAUUUCUAUUUAAGCUACAUGUGUGUAUCUUUUCCCAAUAUAUGUACCGUUUAGAUAUUCGCUGCAGUGGCGAUUUUUACGUGACCAUAAUGAGACCGUAGAAGGUUAUUCUAACGUGAAUUAUUUUGGCCGAUACGCGAAUUUGUUAUGAAAGAUAAUUAUUUAAUGAAGGUUGAAAAGAUUUUAUGACGGUAAAGGCUGGGUAAUGACUGGUAAUGUAGUGAGUGGGUUAACGUGACAAAACAACUGCGACUUGAUCACUCAUUGCAACCAUUCCAGCGAAGUGUCCUUGCGAACCAUAUGCAAGUUAUUGUAAACAUUUUCAGUGAGAUUUUGAUUUUUGAAGGCCCAGGUGUCCUCGGUCGAAGUUGCUCAAUGCAAAUCUCCUUUGAUUCAGAGUUUCCUAAUGAGAAUUUCAUCAUGGCAUGUGUAAAAAAGAGGUAGUCGCUGUGAAUGGUUGAUUUUGGGUUGUAAACAAUGGUUUUUGUGCCAAACAGGAGGGUUUUGGGUGGAAAGAUUUGUUAGGAUACAAAUCCGGUGUUUUAAAAACUUGAAAGUGGCAAGAGUGGUUUUAUUAAAGUGGUUUGGUGUUAUUAGAUUUACCUUAGUAAAAUUUCAGUUCGAGAUAAGACCACCAUUGAAUAUUCAUAGGUUGCAGUAUUCAGACCUAUCAACGAGAAGCUUUUCCGAUUAUCUUUAAAAAUCCGCGGUCAACGACCACUUUAAUUUCCACAAGUUUGUCGCCAGACUGUCCGGAAUAUCAUAUCCACAUCUAAGAUUCAAAACUGCCCGCAGUAAUUGGUGCGACGUGGGCAAACUUUGGCAAAUGAACUGAUGAAAGUCUUUAACAAAUCAAUGGUGGUUUUGCCUCGUUGGACGAACGAGUCCUUCAGUUCUCACCCCCUAUUCUAGUAGGCGCUGUCUACCCGGCUCAACACUUGCGACAGGCGACACUUCAAAAAAGAAAGUCCUGGCUUUACUGUGUGUUUCUGAACCGAAGUCCGUUGCGAUUAUAUUUUAUAGUUCGGCUAAUUCAAGCCAUUAUAUGUGUACAUGUAAUCAUGUGCAAUUUCGCAAAUCAUUUUGAUUACAGUUCAGUAAUGCACAGAUAGGGGGAGAUAUUGCUUGUAAAUGGAAUGUUCAUAAAAUUCGUGUCCGUCUUCAAGCAAUAAGACUCGAAAUAUGGUUAGACGCUUUAUGUCAUUCGGUACAGAUUCAUCCUAACCGGUGUAGAAGUAGAAAAUGUCCGAGGGAGAAACCAUCCACCCUAUUGUAUUUUGUCAGAUUAUGGUAUUAUGCUUCUUUCGGUGACAUUACCGUCAAUAGGUCAGAGAUUAAAGAGCAUAAUAGAAUCCUUUGCUCCCCCGGAAAUUCUAUCCUGGGACAUUUCAAACUUCUACACCGGACUCAUUGAAAACACUCACGUUUCCAUAUGAGGGCGGGGGGGGGGGUGUCUUAGAUGUUCCUAUCUCUUUGAUACUCUCUGUAGUCAAUGUGAGCCUUAGAGGCAGCACGUACUUGGAUAUCACUAUGUAUGUUUAUUGUUGCUUUUGCGCUGUUUAGUUUAGUUAUCAUGCUGUUUGUAUUCAAUAACAUGAGGGACAAUACUAAGUAUGUGACCAUUAUGACAGAUGUAUUUUAUCGACGGCUGUCUUUGAUGAGUUCGCUGAGUCCAUGUACUACUAAGUGUGAAAGCCUAUUUACGAGUGUCCCGUAAAUGGAAUCGCCCAGGACUUGAUGAUACUACGCACAGACAUUCGUACCUCGUACUAUGUUGCUUAUAAAGAUUGCGAAACCUCCCUAUUAUUUCAAUAAUUAGAUUAUAGCCUGAGGCAAGAAAAUGACAAACAUUGUUGUCC